AUGCAACUCGGUUUCGGGUCUUUCGUAGCCUUUGUACCUCUAGAUGCAUGGACGUGGGCGUUGGUUUUCUGGGGGAUGCUAUUGCCAAGUUGGACUUACAGCGGAGGCGGCCCUUUCUCGCAGCGCGAAUUGCUCCUAUCUAUCAUUUGCCAAGAUACCCUGUGGCCUUAUCCCCCGAAGGCUGUAAGAGCUUAA